GAGCAACAGUUAGUUUUCUGGAAUCAAGUCGACGACCAGAUUCUCCCCAAUUUACUUGCUCAUCUGACUGACUGGUCUUCUUAGUGAGGUUUUAGUAUCUCCACUGGAACCACGACAGCAUCCGGCUUCUCCAUUUAAGUUCGAAGUUGAGGAAACCUGGGACUUGGGAUUCCUUCGUUCUCACUGCAAUUUGGACGAGCAACGAACCAAGGGUCUUCUUCGUGACGGUCGACUUCUGCCUCGUGGCUUUUGUGAUUUGAAGUUUUGGAUUGGAGUGUUGUCAAUCUUCACGUACUGCCCGUUUUCAUAAAUUGAAAUCACUCGACAAGGUCGUUUAAAACACUUUAGAGUCGAGGACACGAGGACUUUGUGUCUUUCGUAUUCGAGGCUCCGUGAAAGGUUUUGGAGCUUCAGUGAAUCCUCAAGUGUAUUUCCGACCCAAUAACCACACAGACGAAAAACUCGGGAGGUCAUUCAUUGUGGUAAAUGAACGACCCAAUCUGAUGGUGAGAUUCCUUGGACACACUCUUCUUCAAUAACAGUGCGGACCCAUGAAAAUACACUUAAGCCAGCGUUUUACCUAAACGUGGUCAUAAGGCAGUUGUGAAUGAUCACCAAGUGUAUGCUUCGGGCCGGAGGCAAUCAUCCCAGCUCCCUGAUCAAUAACCCUGGCUCGUCAGGUCAGAUUAGCAUUAUGAUGUCCUCCACCAACGACUCAACUUGUGGCAGCGAGUUCUCAGAUUCGGGCAGUUCCGCCUUCUCGGACGAUAUCGGAAUGAGCGGCAUGAUCACCGGCAACAGUCGAACCCCCGGACGAUUCGUCACGGGUCGUAUGGUCGCCGGUGGAAAUGCCACCAACCCCAUGGGAUUCAUCGAAAGCACAGACGACGAACAAAUCAUUGGUAACCCUGGACGAAGUCCCAAUCAUGGUACUCGAAGCAAAAUCCCGGCCGUCUCAGCCACCACCAAGAUCUCAUCAGCCCCUACUGUCACUUCCAUAGCCGUUGCCGCGGCUGCCUCAGCCGCCGCCUCCUCCUCGUCAAGCCAAACCAAUAUCAGCGUAAACGGAGGUGGGGCCAGUGGGCGGAGGAAAAAGCCCUGUCUCUCGGCCCGUGAGCGCAACGUCCGGCGCAUUGAAAGCAACGAACGCGAACGAUUACGAAUGCACGGCUUGAAUGAGGCCUUUCAGGGACUGAGAGAGGUGAUUCCACACGUGCACCAAUCAAGAAAGUUAUCCAAGAUCGAAACCCUAUCCUUGGCCAAGAACUACAUCAUGGCUCUAACCAACGUCAUUUGUGAAAUGCGUGGCGAGGACAAACCGUACGAGUUACCCCCAGUAGGUGGCAAUCACGUGGGAGGGGACAUGCAACCCCCGCAACAACACGGGAUGAUGGGGUCCCCAGGCACACCUGACAGCUCCGCCAUCGCAACUGUAACAGCCCUGUCUGUUUCAGUGUCACCCGAGGGCGUGGUCUCAUCCACUUCCAACGUCCCAACACUCAGCGGUAAUGACAACAACGACAAUAGCAACAAGUCAACGAAAGUCACUACUAAAGGAUUCGGCCGACGGAACCAGCCUCCCAAGCCCCAAGCUCUAAUCCAAAACGGGCCCCUGCUCCUCAUGCCCAUGGAUCUCGGUUCCACGUCAGAGGAGGUGGAGGGUAGCUUUCAGAUGCGAGACGCCCAUGACACGCCCGUAGUGGGAGAACCGGAUGCCUUUGAUGAAGAAUUCACGCUUAUGGAUGAUGAAGACGACGAAGAUAAGUCUUCCAUGAUUCUGGAGAGCUCCGUGCUCGCCUCCUCACUCACUCCUCCCCCCCACCACCCAUCCCACCCAUCCCAUCACCAUCACCACCAUCACAAUUCCCACUUAGCCUCUGGUCCUCUUCACUUGACCCCGCCCAGUCAUCUCCCAUUGGAUUCACUUCUGACCCCAGCGGCCUCGCCCGAGGAUGACUCUUUGGAGCCUUGGAUCCAAACGGUGUGAGAUGCAUAGAAAGUGGAUCACUCACUGUCCCAACUGAAUAAAGUGGGGUGGGGCGGAAAUAAUCUAGGAGGCAUUCCAUGCGAUUUGAAUUUAGGAGCAGAAUUAGACGGAGAAAGCACGUUAGGGGGAAGUUUUUUUCUGCCCUGGGCUUCUGAAACUUGUCACUUAUUGCGCUCAGAUUUUGAUCAAGGUUGGUAGAGUAUGCCGCCAUGCAAAAGCGUUGAAGAUGUUGAAUAUUUGAGCUCGUCGAGAAAUCGCUUGUUGAUCCCCUAAAGAGAUCUUGGAAGCUAAGGGGAGGACGCAUUCAUGCUCUUCAACGCAAUUGCCAUACGACACAUCUCUCUCUUACUUCCAACACUGUUCAUUAGUUGGACUUUCGUUGCAAACCAACAAAUUACGAAAUUUGCCUCUUUAAUAUUUCGUCUAAACGUCACUUUGUUUAGAAUGGGAAGAAUGUGUAAUAUUUACACACCAGCAACCUCAGCUUGAUGAAAAGUCGUUGGAAACUACCCAAUGUUGAUCUUCAAUGCUAAGAUAGUACCUACAAAUUGUAUCCCUAGCAGGUGUUUAGAAGGAGUCUCUCUCCCUCUCUAUUCCCUCGGUCAGUAUUAAUGACUCACCAAAAUAUUGCCACUAAAAUGAUUGUUGAUAUUGAUUGUCAUUGCUUUUACCACGAUCACUGCGUCAGCUAUCAAUGUCCCUUCUAUGUUUGUCGUCCACCGAUUGUUCAUGAGGGUUCAUCCCCGUUCCAGUCUCACCGGAUUAGAAACCCCAUUGGCCUUGAACGAAUUACCGGGGAGGGAAUUCAUCAUGAUUUCCCUUCAUUCAGUAUUAGUUGUUUCUUGUCACUCCAAAAAUAAAUAAUUCCCUCAGCCCUUGA